AUCACCGCCCCUUCUACCCAGCUGAGCCAGUCUCAUUCUCACGCAUUGCGCCUCAGCAGGAAGUAAUUUGUCCUUUAAUUAAUUGCAAUCCAUAAUUAAUUAAACCACCUCCAAAGACGCAAUAUUAUUAAUAGCUUAUUAGGCAACCGUAACAGUUUAUCUUCAAAGAGCAACUACUGGAUCAAUUUUAUCGUCUGGUUUAUUAAUAUACCAUCAACUCAACAUUAGAAGAGCGUGUAUAUAUUUUUCCUCGUGCGUUCGUUUAUAAAAUAUACCCACCUGCGUGACCUUUUGGAGGUGGAACAAAUUUAAUAAUCAUGGGGAACGCCAACAGUGGGAAUAUCCGUGAUCGUCACAAGUCUGGAGACAGCCUCCCACCCUCGUCCCCCUGUGGCAUGGUCAAGGAUGGCCAAGCCUUUUCCUUCGACAAGCGUCCAUCGGUAGGAACCCCAAAUGUGAACAAUGUUUCAACAAUGAGCAGUCCAUCGUCAUCUCCUGCUACGCACUUGCACAGUGCUCACAUUCAACCUCCGCACCACAAAAUCAUUCUACAACACUCUCAAUCUAAUGAGGAUGACGAACCUUCUUAUUUCACACGUCAACCAAUUUCCAAGUCACUGUCCAAAGAUGUUUCCUCUGAAGAUUAUCCAGAAACGGGGAGACCACGAUCAGUCACGGUCUCAGAAGGGACAAACUUUGGUGGAUCGAUUGAUGCAGAAACUAAAAUUUUACCAACAGUGUUUAAAUGGGAUGGGGGUGGCAAAACUGCAUUUAUUUGUGGCACGUUCUCUGAUUGGAAGACAAUACCGAUGGUGAAGAGUAAUUUUACGGCAAAGGAUGGGGAAGACUAUGUCGCCAUUGUGGACUUGCCAGAAGGAGAACACCAGUACAAGUUUUUAAUAGAUGACGAGUGGAAAUUUAACCCAUCUGAGCCAACUAUCCAAACCGAGGAUGGCACAGUUAACAACAUAAUUACCGUUAGGAAAACAGACUUUGAAGUUUUUGAUGCACUGGCAAUGGAUCAGUGCAAUUCUAAGUCAUCUAAGGCCACACAAUUAAUAUCUGGCUCUCCACCUGGAAGCGAAUGGGGUCAGGACAUCCCUAGUUACAAACCAUGGGAAAAAACAACUGGACCUCCCAUAUUACCACCUCACUUGCUCCAAGUCAUUUUGAAUAAGGAUACGCCGCUCUCGUGCGAGCCAACACUAUUACCGGAACCAAAUCACGUCAUGUUAAAUCAUUUGUACGCUUUGUCCAUUAAAGAUGGAGUUAUGGUUUUGAGUGCAACGCAUCGUUACAGAAAGAAAUACGUGACUACCUUGUUAUACAAACCCAUAUAAUAAUAUCGAACAAACUUUGUCAAUUUUUGUCAAUAAUGGUGCUACUAAAUGUGUACUCGCCGUGUUUUGAAUUAUUAAUUCAGUAAUAUACUAACAUUAACGUGGCUUGACAAAAUGUGUUGACAAAUACGUAGUUGUUCUGAGGACAAUUUAUCAACCGCAAUUUGAUGAACAAAUACUUAGUAGAUGCAUUUCUAUAUAUUUCUGAAAAUGGUAUAUAAAAUAAAAAUAUAUUAUUACAAAUUGGGUUGUUUCCUUGUUUAGAAUGAAUUACAAACCCAUAUAUCUAUGUAAUUAAUUACUCUAUGUUAUGUGAGGCAUAAUAAAAAAUGAUGUCAAUAAAAUAAAAAAGAUGUUAAUAAAA